UUCCGUAAGUAAUUAAUUAAUUUAUUAAGUACUUGACGUUUAAAAAAAUACACGCCCGUUUCUUUAAAAAACGCCAUGGCUGACAUUAGCUCGUAUAGAGACCAACACUUUAAAGGCUCUCGAAGUGAACUGGACAAAUUGUUACGUUUGUCAACAACUAUGUAUGUUGGUAAUUUGGCAUUUUAUACAACGGAAGGACAGAUAUACGAAUUGUUCUCCAAGUGUGGUGAUAUUAAGCGCAUCGUCAUGGGCCUGGACAAAUUCAAGAAAACACCCUGUGGCUUUUGUUUCAUUGAGUACUAUACAAGGGAUGAUGCAGAAAAUUGUAUGCGUUAUGUCAACGGCACUCGACUAGACGACCGAAUCAUUCGUACAGACUGGGAUGCUGGAUUUCUGGAAGGCAGACAAUAUGGCCGUGGAAAAACAGGUGGUCAAGUCCGAGAUGAAUAUAGGACUGAUUAUGAUAUUGGCCGAGGUGGAUAUGGCAAAAACGCUCAACCCAAAGCAGACAUGAUAAUUUUUGGCAGAAAUAAAGACGCCCUUCCAAUGGAUUAAUGCAAAAUUUUAGCCCACUAAAUUAUAAAUUUUUCAAAUAUAUAUAAUUUUUUUUUUUUUUUUCAUUUAUCGUGUAAAUUUCCUACCGCUCGAAUUUGUAAAUAAAUAAAUAUUUUAUAUGUUA